UCAAGCACGCCCUCAGUUGGCGAUUGCGCUCGCUCGGACGCUCGUGUGAACUAUGGAGAGUAAAUUUUGUUUUAUUGCUGUAGUGGUUACUGCUCUGUGGCUCAGAGUGGAAGCCACACCAUCGCGAGCCAGUUCCGAAGUAUGUUUCCCGCCACAUUUCGUGUUUGGUGUUGCCACCGCCGCCUACCAGAUAGAGGGCGCUUGGAACGUUUCAGGUAAAGGCGAAAGUAUCUGGGACCGGUACACGCACACCCAUCCUGAACGCAUCUUCGACCAUAAGACGGGCGACGUGGCGGCUGACUCAUACCAUCAGGUCAAGGAAGAUGUCCGUUUGUUGGUAGAGCUCGGGGUGCACCACUACCGCUUCAGUAUCUCCUGGCCGAGGAUACUGCCUACUGGACUUAGCAAUGACAUAAACGAGGAUGGCAUAAGGUACUACAGCGAACUAAUAGAUCAGCUACUUGCUAACGACAUCAUACCCAUGGUGACCCUAUACCAUUGGGAUCUACCGCAGGAGCUGCAGGACCUCGGCGGCUGGACUAACCCCAUCAUUGCCGACUACUUCCACGACUACGCUAAGGUUGUGUUCGAGCACUUGAGUGACCGCGUAAAGGUGUGGUUUACGUUCAACGAGCCGCUGUCGUUCUGUCAGGAGGGUUACGGCGGCACGGACGCGCCCGCUGGUAACAGCAGUGGCUUCGAAGACUACCUCUGCGGGCACAACGUGCUGCGCGCGCACGCUAAUGUCUACCGCAUGUACGAACGCGACUACAGACACACGGGAGGUGCAGUUGGCAUAGUUCUGGACUUCGCUUGGAUGGAACCCGCGAGCACGACGGCUGAAGACCAGAAAGCGGCUGAGACGGCGCGACAAUUCCAAUUCGGCUGGUUUGCGCACCCCAUCUUCUCCCCCGAGGGUGACUACCCGCCCGUGAUGAAGCAACGUAUCAAAGAAAUCUCCAAACGCCAGAACUUCCCACGCUCUCGUCUGCCGGAGUUCACAAAGGAAGAGGUGACUUCCCUACGAGGCUCCUCCGAUUUCCUCGGCCUGAACCACUACACCACGUGUCUAGUGGCGGCGGGUAGUGGCAAGAUUUACCCUCAGCCCUCCUUCUAUACUGACAUGGGUGUAGUCAUUACACAGAACCCGGACUGGCCGCGGACUAAUUCCACUUGGCUAAGGGUGGUACCGUGGGGUUUCCGUCGGGCGUUGAACUACAUUCGCGUGUCGUACAACAACCCCCCCGUGCUGGUGACUGAGAACGGCGUGUCUUUGCCGCGGGGGGCACGCGAUGUGCGGCGUGUUCAGUACGUGGCGAGUUACUUGCGCGCUUUGCAUCAGGCGUUGAACGAUGGCUGUGAUGUGCGCGGCUACACACAUUGGAGUCUUAUAGAUAACUUCGAAUGGACUAGAGGAUACUCAGAACGUUUCGGUCUAUACGACGUGGAGUACGCGGCCGCGGAGCGCACGCGCACGGCUCGCCUCUCAGCGCGAUACUACGCUAAGCUAACGCGCACGCGUUGCUUACCAGACAAAUGGGAAUAAACACUAAAAUUGUAUAUACUUUAUUUAAUUGUACAAUACGUGAAUUGCAUACUUUUAUAUUUAAUUU